AUGAUCUUGCAUCUAAUUCUUGUAUCCUUGGCGUGCUGGAACGUCGACUCUGCAGAGCCUUGCUUACCUGAUGCGAUUCCUGCAACGAGCAGACGGUCCAUUGCGGAUGAAGUUGGAACGCCAACCCCGAUUCGAAUUGGAGCCUUCAGCUGGAACCUGGCAGUCCAGCUCAGCGUGCUACUAGAUUUGAUCAUCUCGGAGAAGCUUGGAUAUGAUACGGCACCUGUUGAAUUCUUGGGAUUCCCUUCCUUCCAAGGCCUCGUCUUGAAGCUUGCAGGCUGCGCAACAGCAGCAUGCAAUGACACGGUUGAUGGGGUGCACAUCAUCGUAGAUGCAUUUCCUGGAGAUGCGGAGACGCUGGAGUUGUUCAGAUCCGAGCAUCCUGAGCGAGUUCCGGAAAAUUUGGGUGGGAUGGGAUACACCUUCAGCUGGGGUAUUUAUCUCAAAGGUUCGGUUCGAGAUGAAGCAUUUCGAGAAGCGGCUCUGCCUUUGGAGUAUUACAGGAACUACAACUCAAGCAUCCAUCGCCCACAUCGGUUCUUUGAUGGCUUGUCAGACCUUGACAUGGAGGAUUUUAUCUUGUGUAAUGAUUCCACCACUUAUGGAGAUGAUUUCACCAAUGGGCCAGUUUGGUCGAAUUAUGUGCAUUGGACUGGAGAUAUUGAUGGAGUUAUCGAGACAUCAGACGGAUAUGCGGCCAAAUGCCCUGACGGGCGCUUUUGGCUGUCCCCUGCGUGUCGAAGCAACACAUCUGAGUGCAUUCCAGUCUUAUCUGCUUUUGCAACUCUGGCCAACAUGUUGCAUUGGGCGACUGCUCACAACCUUCCAUUCGCAAUUGGACGGCCGCCAAAUUUCGUAAGAUAUCAAGAGCUGCUCCGGAAAUAUGACAUUUUGCAUUAUUGGUGGGAGCCAGAUGAAGGCGAGCUGACGGACUUGCGGGUGUCGAGGCUUGUGCUUCCACCACACAAUGCCUUGGAAUACGCGGAUGGCAAUCUCAGGACGGCAGCAGUGGGCACCCAGUUGAAUAAAUACGGGAGCUCUUUGCUAGCACGCUUUGCGCCUCGAGUCAGGGGAUUGGUGCAGAGAGUUGCGACCAGCGAACAGACUAUCCUUAGCUUGGCGAAUUCAAUCUCUUUGCCGACGGGAGAUGGCCAGCAGCUUGGGGACGUCUUCUUCACAAAUCAGGGGGAAGCUCGCAAGCAAAUGUGCGAAUGGGCCAAGUCAAACCGAGAUAUUUGGGAAGAGUGGCUCCCCAUUGAAACAAACUGCAUCCUCGGAUUUGGCUUGGUCAACGAGCAAGAUGAACCUGUAGACUCUCGCGAGCGAGCAGUUACAUGCAGCCUCUGUCCUGCAGGGAGGUUCUCUCAGUUCAUGGUGGAUCCGGUUGGACAUACUCACCGAUGCGCCCAGUGCCCACCUGGCACGCACCAAAACACGCGUGGCAAAGCUUCGUGUGAAGCUUGCGACCCGGGCAUGUUCGCCAGAAGUCCCGGUCAAGACUUGUGCUCGCCUUGUCCCCGUGGCUCCUUUGCUGAUGCUCUUGGAGCAAGCUCGUGCUUGAGUUGCGGAAAUGGCACCGAGAGAACAACAACUGCUCUUGUGGAGGACGAGUGGAUGGAAAUCCAAGGGGCUAAGUCCGCUUCCAACUGCCGGUGUAGACCAGGGAGCUUUCUGCAGAAUGACCAGUGUAUCCUCUGUGGGGUGGGAACUACGUGUCCGGGAUCAAACUCCUUACAAGUCCUCCCUGGUUUUCAUUGCAAGUCCGAUGAACCAGGACUCGUGUACAAGUGCUUCGGUAUUGCGGAACGGUGCCCAGGAGGUCUGCCAGGAUCUUGUGCAGCUGGCAGGGAUGCUAGCAGCCCUGGUUGCAGUGAAUGCUUGUUUGGGUUGCAACCCGGUGGUGCAGAAUGCAGAGGUUGCUCAGGCGGCGAUUAUUUCCGUUUGGUUGCAUACGGUCUGCUGGUAAUUGCUGCCACUGCAGCCUUGCACGUCUUGUUCUUUGUCGGUGGCCAUGGCAAUAAUCGCCUGCAAAGCAAGCUUGUGACGGCAGCCCUGUGCUGGAGCCAGCUGAUCACCUUUGCACAGUUCUUUGCCGUGAUGCGACAGAUUCAGGCAGUAAACUGGGCUGAUCCUUUCUUGAGUUUCUUGCAGUUCUUCGACGUUUUCUCGCUUCAGACUAUAUUGAGUUCGCUGUCCAGCAUCAGCUGCUUCACAAGGUUGACACCAGAAGCAAGUUUCCUUACUCGCACACUUCUGGUCCCCGCAUUUUUUGCGGUGGGGCCCAGCAUAUCGCAUGCCGGCUUCGUGUUUGCAGCCCGACGGCGUAGCUCGCAAGAAGCACCUAAAAUUGGCUGGCUUUUCGGGACUUUGGGAUCCUUGUGUUUGCUUUUCUUUAUUAUGAUGUGUUUUAUCUGCUUGGAACCGUUCCGAUGCAAUGUGCAUCCGAAUGGUCUUGCCACCAUGCAGACCGAACAUGGUGUCUUCUGCGACCUCACCGGGCAACAUUUGAGCUUGUGCAUGGUCGGCGGAGUGAUACUACUGAUUCCUUUGGGCUUCUUGGCACUGUCCACUUGGAUCAUUCACAAAGAGCUUCCCAGGCGCGUGGCCAAAGGAGACACCGAAUUUGUCCAGACGACCUCGUUUUUGACGAUGAGGUUCAAGCCGGGAUAUGAAGGCUUCACAGUGGUUUUCUUGCUGCGCAAUUUGCUCCUGCCGGUCACACCUAUGUUUACCUCCACACCAGUAAGCCUUUUGGUGAUGGGCUCACUCUUGACCACAAGCGUGGCGGUAGUGGCUUAUUGGCAGCCGUGGCGCACCCUACUCAGUACCCAGGUCGACGUCUUCGGGCAUGUUGUGCUGCUGAUGGUGUUGCUGUUGAGUGCUUUGAGCGUCCCAGAUCACGACGAUCCUUGGGUCAUGAUCUUCUGCACCAUUAUGGCCUUCCUCUUAGUGAUGGUCAUACUGUUUGCAGCGGUGUGUUCCCUGGUGCAGUACGUGAAGUCCAGGUUGCGGAAGCCAUUCUGCUUCUUCAUGUGUCACCACAAAGCCACGACAGCUUCGCUGGCACGAUGGUUGAAGAUGGAACUUCGAGGCCGUGGUGCCAACUUCACAACAUUCCUUGAUCUGGACAGUCUGACCGAUCUCACGCAGCUCUUCAACUAUGUGAGUACUCAAGUGCAGAACUUCGUGAUUCUCGGCAGUGCCGGCAUCGUUGCCCGGAAGUGGUGCUUGGGAGAAAUGACGACGGCGAGACUUUCGAAGGUGGAGUCCGUUCUCGCAAGUUUGCCGGACUUCAACCUCCCCGAGGAAAGUUUCAUCAGGGAAAUUUCUACCAUUGUGCCAGACAUUUUGGAUCUUACAACCUAUGGGUACGGAUUGUCUGAAGUCAAAGCAUCGUUGCGGUGGCUUGCUUCUUUGAAGACGAUUGCGGUGGAGAGGAUCUCUGCAGCGAGUAUAUGUGGACUGGUUACUGAGCUGACACACUCCGGGAACAACAGUGUAAGCGACAUGGCGCUCACAAGCGCAGGUGCUUGCGUUGUGGUAGACCACGAAAAUGCAGAAGCCCUAGCGUCCGCCCAUGUACUGACGCGCUUCCUGGCCCCAAUCAUGAUGGAUCGUGGCACGCCUGUUUUGGUGCUCUCUCCGGAGAACCCGGAGAUCCGACUGGAGCAGAUUCAGCCCACAUCAAUAGUGUUGAUAUGCUCAGAGAAUUGCUUUGCGUCUCAAUUUGUCAAGAAGUGCGUUUUGAAAGCGCGCUUCCUCCUCUCUUGUUCGGUCUUGCCAGUGGUAUUGGAUGAAGGCUUUGUCGUGCAUGGAUCGCCGCCAACGUCUGCUGCUGACGAGGAUGGAGGGGCUUAUCGAAGUGUCCUCGCGGCUGUCUUCUUAGAGGUGGCACUGCCGUUUCCCACCCGAACAAGUUCAGAGGAUGACUUAUUUGUCCGUGCUUCGCACAUUGGACGGCGACUCUCACCAGGAUCCCUGAAAACUCUUCGGUCCAAGCUGUGGAUGACAAGCAAAGCGCCCGAAAGCAACGGUGUAGAUUCAAACUUGUACGAGGAUGGAUGGCCCUCUCCACAUGAAGGUGAGAUGGUGUCCCACGCAUUCUGA